UGUAAAGCGGAAAGCGGAAGUGCUGUCCGUUGUUUUCUCCUGCAGUCUGCCGUGCUCACUCCUAAUGAUUCAAUUCAUAUUCAGAUACUUAAAUUGGAUAAAAGUUGUUGAAAGUCAUGUCCUCCGACGCUGUGAAGAAGAGAAAGCCGAAGGUCAUCCGAAAUGAAGCAGGAACUCCAGAGACCAAGCGAGGUCGAGCAGAAGGCGAGCAGGUCACGUAUCCAGCCGGACCUCAUCUUAUCGGAGAGAGGAAGCUGAUUACAGCAAAGAAUCAGGAUGUCCUUGUGUAUAAUGAGGAGGUGGAGUUGGAGGGCAGGGACCCGCAGCAGGACUACAUGCUGUAUAAGGACACGUGUGCCGCUCUGGCCAAACUGAUGGCAGAAAUACAGGAGCUGAAAUCCGGUGGCGCCAAAGUCGGAAGUGUAGAGAUGGAGGAGAGACGCAGACAGUGCAGCGUUCAUUUCAUCACCCUGAAGAAACUCAACCGCAUGGCGCACAUGCGACUGAAGAAAGGCAGAGAUCAGACACAUGAGGCGAAGCAGCGAGUGGAUGUUCUUCAUUUGCAGCUGCAGAAUCUGUUGUAUGAGGUCAUGCACCUGCAGAAAGAGAUCAGCAAAUGUCUCGAGUUCAAGUCUCAGCAUGAGGAGAUCGAGUUGGUCAGUGAAGAGGAGUUUUUUCAGGAGGCUCCGGCCGAGAUUUCACGGCCUCACGUCACUCGUGAUGACCACCACCAGCUCACGCUCGCCCGCCUGGACUGGGAACUGGAGCAGAGGAAGAGGUUGGCGGAGCAGUAUAAGAUGUCUCUGGCUAGAAAGGAGAAGAUCCAUAAAGCCAUUGAGCAGAAGAGAGAAUAUCUCAGCAGCCUUCAACCUGGACUGCAAAGCAUCAUGCAGGCGUCUCUCCCAGUGCAGGAGUGUCUGUCGAUGCCGUUCGAGCAAAUGCAGAAGCAGGCAGAGGUCGCCCGUCACCUGCCGCCCCCUCUGUACGUGCUGUUGGUCCAGGCGGCUGCGUACGGACAGGCUUGCGACAAAACCCUGUCUGCGAGCAUCAGCGGAGACGUGGAUGAGGCCAAAGCUCUCUCCAGACCGCCGGAGGACUCGCAAGAUGAUGAAAGUGAUUCAGACGCUGAAGAAGAGCAGCAGAACACGAAGCGCCGGCGAGCGACUGUAGGCGUUCAACUGGAUGACAAGCGUAAAGAAAUGCUGAGACGCCACCCUCUCUCGCUCUGCGUGGACCUAAAGUGUAAAGACGGCAGCGUCCUGCAUCUGUUUUUCUAUUAUCUCCUGAAUCUCAACAUUCUGACUGUGAAGACCAAAGUUUCCACCACUACAGAUCUGUCUGGAGCAGUCAGUGCUGGAGAGCUGCUGAACUCAGAGAGUCUGCUGAACUGUCUUUACGCGUCUGAUCACGGCCAAGAGACACCCAACCCUACCAACCGCUACCAGUUUGAUAAAGUCGGAAUCACUACAUUUGUGGAUUAUGUGUCAGAUCUUGGACAUCCGUAUGUUUGGGUGCAGAAAUUGGGAGGCCUGCAGUUCUCGUCUGAUGGUGCACAGUUGGAGCUGAUGGGCAACGCUCUGAGCGCCAGUCACAUGGAGAGGACCAUGAAGCUGCUGCAAGGAAGACUGCAGGCCCGACUGGCCCUACACAAGCAGUUCAGCUCGCUGGAGCACAGCAUCAUUCCCGUCUCCGGCGAGUGCCAGCAUCUGUUUCCUGCUAAAGUGGUUUCCGGUCUCACUCGCUGGACCAUGAUGAGCUACCAGGAGUUCACUGAACUGGGCUUCGUGCAGCAUGUGUUGAAGGCCGGUCUGCUGCGUGAGACGGAUCUGUUCUUCAUGGCGGUUGUGGAGAGAGGAACAGGUGGGAAUUGUGCUCUUGUGUCAGACUCUUCACUGUCGACAUGUUCGGAACUGGGCUUCGUGCAGCAUGUGUUGAAGGCCGGUCUGCUGCGUGAGACGGAUCUGUUCUUCAUGGCGGUUGUGGAGAGAGGAACAGGUGGGAAUUGUGCUCUUGUCGAGGUGAACGUGUUCCGGGCCGAGCUGCAGGGGCCUCGUCCGGGUCUCCAGCUCCUGACCAAUCAGAUCCAGCGCUUGUGUGUGUGUCUGGAUGUGUAUCUGGAGAUGGAGAGUCAAGUGUGUGACGGCUCUGAGGGACCCAAGGAGUUUCCCAGAGAGAAGAUGUGCUUGCGUACUGCCAGGGGUCCCAGUCGUCUGAAGCCCUUCAAGUACAAUCAUCCUCAGGGCUUCUUCAGUCACCGCUGAACCAGGAUCGCAGGACGAGCGAGGCUGUUUUAGUGUUAUUAGCAGGGACUGAAAGCCCUCGCUCAUUUGCUUCCAUCUACCUUUUUAUCUCUAUUUUUUCUCCUGUUUCUCUGUUUGCUCAUAUAAUGUGAAUUAGAAAAUAAACUCUGAUUUUGAUUAGAAAA